CUCAGUGCGUUUCGAGCCUCCGUGCCGAGCUGACGUUCACGUGGUUUUUGCGUCUACUUGACACCCGUACAUGUCAUACACCCAAUAUGGCAACAGGAUAGUGAACCGCGUGUGGAAUAGUGAUUGUGAAUCGGAUUUGACGGUUGUCUUUGAUGUUUGGUCGGUCAGUUGACUGACUAGAAAGCAUGGCUUGGGACGGUUUUUAAUUGGAUUGCGGUUAAAAAUACUUGUGAUAAUCGUGAACUGUUUAAAAAAAAUCGAGUCUAAGAGAUGUCGUCGUAAUUGCGUCGAAGUUUUUCAAAAGAACGCGCGCUUGCAAUCGGAGCGCUAUCGAAACAUCGUUCGAUUUUCGAAUAAAAAUGCUGGCCGUAAAGAAUUUCUUCAUGCCUGAGAAGCGGGUCGACUCGCCCCGAUUCUCGAGGAUGCCCGAAGCAUUGAUGAGGUCCAUUAGGAGGAGGUCGUUAAGGGUGAAGAGGACCAAGUCGCUGGUGCUUGUCAGCGAGAAAAGGAAGUCCGAUUCAUUCGUCAACAGCCAAGAAUGGACGGCCGCGCGAGGUGUCACGGAAUUACGAGUUGGCGUCUUAGGGUCGCCGGACAGCGGAAAAUCUGCGUUAGUCCAUCGGUAUCUAACAGGGGCAUACAUGCAAGAAGAAAGUCCAGAAGGCGGCCGCUUCAAAAAAGAAGUGAUCAUCGAUGGACACAGCUACCUCCUGCUCAUACGGGACGAGGGGGGCUCUCCGGAGAUGCAGUUUACUGCCUGGGUCGACGCCGUGAUCUUCGUAUUUAGUCUCGACAACGAGGUCAGCUACAACACAGUUUCCAACUACUUUAACAAAAUGUCUCACUAUCGAAACUCCGCCGAGAUACCGAUCAUUUUGGUUGGAACACAAGAUGCCAUAAGUGAAAGUAGUCCACGCGUCGUGGACGACAACCGCGCUCGCAAGCUGUCAAAUGAACUGAGAAGAUGCUCAUACUACGAGACCUGCGCUACGUACGGAUUGAAUGUCGAGCGCGUGUUCCAAGAUGCGUGUCAGAAGAUCGUUGGUUCGAGGUUGUCGGCAUCGCAGCAAUGCCUGGCGGGAUCGCGACCUGUGACGCCUCAGCCCUUGCCAAACUCCCCCAGUCACAAUCAUUCCACAUUCCUCUAUAAGGACUCACUCCCGCGAGGCCACCACACCCUCUCUGCCUCAUCGCACCACCUCCACCGAGGUGCCUCAUCGUUCGACGCCUCCUCAAACAGCAGCGGCAUCUCGUCGACUCAUGUGGUGGAGAUCCACAGUACUAAUGGGUCGGAUACGUCUUCGCGAUGGGGGAAUUCGCUUGGGAGCCACGGGUCGAGUUCUGGUCUCGUGUCUAUUGCGACUGAGAAUAAUAAUGUGAAGUUUACGCAGCCGCACUGCUUAGACAACCUCCAAGUAAAAGACAAAGACCUACCAACACCAUCGUCCACACCUACCACAUCCAGAAAAUCACGAAGAAGAUCGAACCUAUUCACUCCAUCAAAGAAAGGAGACGACAGACUAAAAAACGGAGAGCUAGGGUCCGGUCGGGCGAUACCCUUAAAACAGGGAUAUUUGUAUAAGAAGAGUAGUAAGGCCCUCAACAAGGAGUGGAAGAAGAAAUAUGUGACGCUGUGCGAUGAUGGGAGGUUGACUUAUCAUCCUAGUUUACAUGAUUACAUGGAGGAUAUAAACGGCAAAGAGAUCUCACUACAAUAUGUAACGGUGAAGGUGCCCGGACAGAAGCCUAGAGGCUCAAAGUCCAUCAUCACAACUGUGCCGGGCUACAAUGGGUACAGCAGUCUAGAUCUACAUGACAGCAUCGGGGGACUGAGUCUUGGAUACAAAGACAAGCCAGUCCGCGUGACAGACAAAGCGUUGCUGUCAGCGUUCGACACGCUGAAAGAACCCGCGUCGUCGCGUCAAUCUCUCGCAUCUGAAGCUGAGGCUAAUGGUGACAAAGAUACGCCGCAUGUCAAGAAACGACAUAGGCGGAUGAAGAGUAGCGGUGUGAAAAAUAAUGGGGAUGAUGAUGCCGACGGCGGCGCUUCAUGCGAGUUCACAAUAGUGUCGCUGGACGGCAAGAGGUGGCGCUGGGAAGUAGGUGGCGCUAGCGGCGCGGCGGCGGCCGCUGAGCGAGACGCCUGGGUGUGCGCCGUAGAGGCACAGAUAUUGGCGUCUUUACAAGGGAGGACGUCCCGACUACCAGCGCCGACGGGCGCCAAUUCAACAGGCGAUGUUCGCGCCACGUACUACAUUCGGCGCGUGCACGGCAACGAUAAAUGUGCAGAUUGUGGGGCUAAUGACCCUGACUGGGCGAGUUUGAACCUUGGAGUGUUAAUCUGCAUCGAGUGCUCCGGAAUACACCGAAAUCUCGGCUCUCACAUAUCGCGCGUACGCUCACUAGACCUGGACGAGUGGCCAUUGGGUCACGUGAGCGUCAUGGUGUCUAUGGGUAACGCGUUGGCCAAUAACAUUUGGGAGGCGGAUUUACGAGGGCACAUCAAGCCUAUUGCGUCAUCUAGUCGGGAAGAGAAAGAAAGGUGGAUCCGUCUAAAAUACGAGCGGCGAGCGUUCCUGUCGUCCACCGACGUUCCGACCGGCGUGGAGGCGCUGCUGGCGGCGUCGUCGCGCGGCGCCGUGUCCGCGCUCGCGCGCCUGCUCGCCGCGCCCGCGCCCCGCGCCCCCGCGCCCGCCGAGCGCGCGCUCGCGCUGCGGGCCGCCGCCGCCGCGGGGCAGCUGCCGGCCGCGCAACUGUUGAUAUGGCACAACGGCAACCCGAACUACCCCGACGCGGACGGGCACACGUGCGUGUUCUACGCGCGCGCCGCCGCCAACCACCUCUCGGGAGUCCCCCCCCACUACCCCAAGAACCUCCAACUCCUCUGCCCCCUCCACCCCAACCCCCCUCAAGCCUCCGACAACUCUUCUAACACGAGCUCCAACUCCUCAAACAAGAGUAAUCUGAAGAAUCCUGAGCCCGAAUGCAACUGUAUAAUAUUUGAGUUGCUUAACGCUCAGAGCGCGGCCAACGCUCUAGUCGAACUUCUGAUCGGUUUACAAAAUAAUCAGUACAUGAAUGGUUACGAAGGGAAUGGGUUCAGCCAUGGGACGCUAGGCAGAGGUACAUCGCUAGGGGGUUUAGGGGGAAAUCUGUCUUUGACCAACGGGAAGUGUGGAAGUAUUGUUUAAUAAUUUAUUGGGAAUGUUACCGCGGGGCGAAUUGUUGGUAUUUUCUGUGUUUGUGAGUAAAUCGCAAUUGUAAUUUAUUUUUCGUUUAAUAAAAAUCUUAGUGAAAUGAAAGUUUCAUUACAUUUGUAGUGAGCAGUUUUUUUAUUAUAAAUAAAAUCGUGACAUUCCACGGGAAAAGGUACCUUAUGGCGCUUACAUCGCAUAUCACCGCUAUUAUAUUGGCGCGGCGUUAAUAAUAGCGUAAGCACCAACCGCCAUAGAGUACCUUUACCCGUGGACGUCACAAUUAUACAUGAAUUUUAUCUGUCAAUUUAAAGAUACUUAAAUUAUAUUCAUUAGAGGAAUUAUUAGAUAUAAAUGUAUAGUCCUCACUUAUCACAUAUCCAAUAGUUCAAAUUUUUGUUCCAUAGUAAUUUCAUACAAUGAGCUACAAACAUUUUUAGACUAAAUAUGAAUCCCACGUGAUUUUUGUAUGAAUAAUACGGAUUCGUGUUUGGAAAGGGACGAAGAUAUACGAAUCUAAUGUUAGGUCUCUUUCUGGUUAUUGGUGUUGAUUCGAAUUUUGUAACAGAGUAACUGUUAUUGACUUUAUUUAUAAUGUAAAUAUCUUGAUUGUCAAAAUGUUCAUUAUUGACAGAUAUUGUUGUCAAACUGUCCUGUGACUUCCGGUCAAGGUUUUAAACAUGGCUAUAAAGCAUAGACAAAAGAAACUGAGACGCAAGUUUUAUAGUCGUAAAUUUGACAGCUAACGUAGAUGGCGCUGUACAGCACCUUACAUUAUGCUUUAACUAGGUUGUCAAUCAUAAAGGCCCCUUAAAACGCCAUCUACUUUAACUGUAACUUUUGCGACUGCAUUUUUUUUUGCGUAUUUUGCCUAUUGGUAUAAAGUGACAAAUUGUACAACAAAACUUUUAGUGCAUAUUUAGGUUGCAUUUUUAUACCUAUACAACCAAAGUUAACCGAUUUUGUGAGUAAUAAAAAAAAAACUAUUUCUUCAUACACUUAUUUCUUUAUACAAAAUGCGACACAAACCUAAAAAUGUAACAGCAAAUGGUACCACAUUGUCGCUUGUCAUAAGGACGCCCUGACAGGUUUUUCGUAUAAAGAUACAAACAAUUUUCGUCCUUAUGUUAAGCGACAAUGUGGUACCUUUGUUGAUGUUGAUGUUUUCACUUAAUAAUAACCGUGCAAUAAUAGUUUAGCUUACAGACGAAUAGCUUUACAGUCAUCAAAUUCAAGUGUUUUGAGUCAGUUUUAAGCAUACGUCAUCGAAAACUUAUGACUUACGAGUAAACUGCAGCCAAAAUGUGACGUCCCACGGGUACCUUAUGACGGUUGGCGCUUAUGACGCGUACCAGCGUAUACUGGAGCGAUGUGAACAACAGCGUAAGCGCCAGCCGCCAUAAGGUACCAUCAUAAAUUACAAUCGUGGAUAAACGCUAAUCGUAAGGCCCAAGAUACACUUGUAAGUUUUACUUACGUAAGUAGGGACACAGCUAUACUACAGAAAGAGAGAUGAAUAUCGUUAUCUCAUUCUAACAAAUAGCUUUGUCCCUACUUACGUAAGUAAAACUUACAAGUGUAUCUCGGGUUUAAAGUAAGAAUUUAUUGUGAUAAUAGGGGUCCUAGCCAAGAUGAAUCAUUGAUAGAAAACGCCAAUAGAACCUUACAUAAUGAAUGGAAAUAGUCACGUGACUUUGUAGCAUCUGUCAUCCCGAUUUUUAGGGUUCCGUACCCAAAGGGCAAAAACGGGACCCUAUUACUAAGACUCCGCUGUCCGUCUGUCUGUCACGGCUAUAUCUCAUGAACUGUGAUAGCUAGACAAUUGAAAUUUUCACAGAUGGUGUAUUUCUGUUGCCGUUAUAACAAAAAAUACUACUAAGGGUUCCAUUUUUUCCUUUUGAGGUACGGAACCCUCGGUGGGCGAGUCCGACUCGCACAUGUCCGGUUUUUCCUCUUCGUUAGGUUUUGUCGAUGUCAUCUUAGCUAGGCAUACAGAUACGAUCGGAAACACAUGAUGUUUACAUGUUUUGAAUUUCAAUUGGCGAUUUGUUUUUGAGAUUUGGCGUGUUGAGAUAUUUCUGCUUUAUUACGGUGUUUAAUGACUGUGUUGCUAUCUUCCAUAUAUAUUCACAUACAUCACAUACAGAGCUAAAACACUCCAACUUGUACAAAACCUCUGGUAACAUCUAUUAUCAAGGUUUGAUACUGGCAAAUAAUUUAAUUUCCGUACCAUUUCAUACCUUGUAACAGUGACUCAAUGUGAAAGUCGCUAGGUACCUCAUAUUGUCACUGUGACAAGGUACCAAAUGGUACUGGAAUUAAUUUCCUUGACCGGUACAACUCAAUAGAUUAGAAAUUUUAAUAGGUAUACGUAAAAUAAUUAGGUACAAGAUCUCAGCUCAAUGCUAUUUGUAGGGUAAUUUUAGGGUAAAUAUUUUAGUGGUAAAUUGCUUACCCUUGGGUACUUAAUUCACUUAUUAUUUUUGAAUUAUUUAUUAAUAUUGAUGUUACAUUCCAUUGUUUCACAUAGUUGAAGGGUGUUAUUUUGGGUACUUCUAUGCAUCAGCAGCAGAAGUUGAUAAGCGGGCGAGGUGUUCAAAAUGAUCUUGACGCGACUUUAUUAUUAAGAGAACAAGAAGGUGUCAAGGUAAUUUUGAACACUUCGCCCGCUUAUCAACUUCUGCUGCUGUCUGUAUUAAGAGUUCGGCAAGGUCGGCCGAAUUUCACCUUCCCAUACAAACGGAGUUUCGUUCUCAUUUUAAAACUACGUGUUGGAUUGUAAUGAAACUUUGCACAAUCAAUGACAUGAGGUAUAUCUAGGUCUGUUAUUAGUUUAUAUAGCUCCAGUUUAUAAAACAAACGAAAUAUAACAAAAACAAGUUUUGUAUGAAAAACUUAAAUUAGCUGUAUUUUUUUAAGUAUGGUAUCUGAAGCUACAUAAACUAAUUACAGACAUAGAUAUACCUUAACCUAUUGUAAGUACAAAGUUUCAGAGCAAUCUAGCUAGUCGUUUUAAAAUGAGAGCGUAACUACGUUUGUAUGGAUAACAGAGCUUGCUGGGACCCAAGUUUAAAUUGGGAGACAAAAUAUAUAGUACUCACUUUUACACUCUUAACUAACUUCAAUUUAUCUUUUUAAUGUUACUGGGCAUGAUUCCACAUUAAAAAAAAACAAGGUCAUCUAUAACUAUUUUUAUUACAUAGUAAAUUAAUAAUAUCCUUCAACCCUUUAUAAGGCAUGAGGGUGUCAGAUAUUAUCCAAAAUUGAACCCUUCAAAACACAGUUCAAAAUCAUGUGGGAAAUAUAUUCCCUCUGAAACUGAAAUAAAUGUCAUAUACGAAGGAAAAAUGACCAAAGCCUCCAGUGUCCAGAGCUGAAAUUAAAAACACAAAUUAAAAUAUCUUCAUAGAAAAUAAUUUAAUUUGUUCUUAGAGUAUAUUCCCUCUGCCUUAUAAAGGCUUAAAAAAGGGUAGAAGUGGUCUUAAGUGGUCACAUGCCGAGUAAUGUUGAAAGGACUAUCCCAGGGUUAAUAAAUAGUUGAUGUGAUAUUCCUAAGGUUUCCCUUAAUAAGCCAAAUGUACUGAACCCUUCUGUGCCUACUCUAGGUAGUUAAACGCUUCCGCGCCGCAUAGUCCGAGAGCUAGUUAAGACGAGAAACUAUUUUCACGACCGACUCCUAGACUAUGAGGCGUUUUUAAAUGUAAAAUACUUCGUAUGCGUCUAUUAGGAUUAAUCAGCGAUUCUUAGAUUAUUUUGUAGUUUGUGCAUUUUUUUAAAAAGCUUUUUAUCACACUUGAUAAUUGUCGGUUUAACAGUAAUAGGUACAUUUUCAGCCGAUGUUUAAAUCGUCUUAAAACACUAACUUUUCAUGUUAUUUUGUUAUCAUGAUUUCAGCACAAAUAUUAUAAAUACGUUGUCAUAGCCAACAUAUGAUUCUAUGUACAAAGAGAUGGUUUGAUAGUUGGACAGAAACUUCUUAAAAAAAGGUAACCUUAUCGCCACUGCUGUCCAGAUUACAUUGCAAUUUCACAUGUAUUGUUUAUUAAUACGUACGUACGUACAUAUAUUGCAUAAAUAUAGGUAGCAGCGGCCAAAAAGGCUUUCAAACAUUCUUUUUUAUUACGCUAGGAUUAUUGUUUGUUACAUAGCUAACUUAGAAACUGUAGAAUUUGUAGACUGUUUUCAGUAGUUUCGCAGAAUUUAAUAUAUACCGAAAUAGGAAUCUAAACGCUUUGUCAGAAAAGUAAAGACAAAUGGGAGAUGGAAUAAACGAACAAUAGAUUUGAUGCUCAUAUUUAAAAAAAAAAAAUGCGAAAUGGUGCUCAAUUGAGUAUGGGUGGAACUUAAAAUGUCAUUCCGUUUUGCAGAGUUCUUUUCAUAGUUAAUCAGGUAGAAUUUUCGACGGUAUUGCUCGGUCUAUUAAGUUGACUAUUACUUACAUUUUUUCAAGAAAUCUAGUUUUUUUCAAUAAAUAUUUCACAAUUUCUCCUUGUUUAUAUUAAAGCGAAUAAGUUGUUUUUUUGUAAAUUUUAGCAAUAAAUCGUUUACCGACGUCAGUAUUCGAAAAUGUAAAAAAAUGCACAUUAGAAUUUACUUGCACUUUCUGUACAAUGUAUUUUUAAAAAUAUUUUUAAAUGUUGAAAUUUUAUUGAUAAUUUUAAAUUCGUUAUUUCGCCGUUCGGUUCGCAAUUUUAUUGUAUAUUAUUUUUAUAUGGUUUCUGAGUAUAAUUUCUUUUGUAUAGCCAAAGAGCUUGUUGUAAAUAAAUAACGUACGCAGCUGGGGUUACCCUUUAGUCUUUCGUUAAUGUAAUUCUUAAGAGAUUUGUUGAUGUUCUCUAUCUUGUGAAAAUAAAGUGUAUGAACACGA